CCACAAACAAACCCAGAGAGGGGCACAGGGAGCCUUGGAGACGGUGGUUCAGCCCUGCUGGUGAAAGUACUCUUCUGGGUGUGGAACCGUACUACAGGCAACAAAACAACAUGAGAACACAGCCCGGCCUUAGUUCUUAGGGCAGCACUGGAAUGAGAGAAGAUAUGUGACAUGUGAUGAGCCACAGGAUGAAACAUCACACUGAACUUGGAACACAUAAAAGCCUGAGUGCAUGCAGAGGCCACAGGAGGAGUUCUGAGCCCAAACCAUGGUCCAGACCCUUCCAGGAGACCAGAGCCUUCCCUCCGCUCCCACCAAGACCACGUUCACAAGUCGACACUCGUCGCUGCCUCAGAGAAACUGAGCCUCUGGGUCUCCAAGUGCGGGGCUUUUGCUGUCCCCUCCAGGAGAGACCUGGCAGCAGCAGCAAUAGCAGCAGCAGCAGUGAAAGCAGCAGCAGGGCAGGAGCAGGAGCAGCAGCAGACAGGAGCUUAUUACUGUUAAGCAGCCUGAGAGGUAGUUUGGAGAGCAGAGCAAAAGCAGCAGUGAGAGUCAGGAGUGGGAGCAGAGCUGUGGUGACCUCACAGACCGGAGCUGGAGUCAGUCCAACAGCAGAAUCUCCCACAACCCCCUGCAUCAAUGAGAGACAGGCUGGUCAGGGACAGGCCGGCGCCACCAAGGUUUCAGAACUCCAUCUGUAUCUGCCUUCAACAUUCUGUGAGGACGUGGACCACAGCUCCGAGGCCGAGGACCAGAGGCCUCCAUCACCACAGACGACAAUACAAGAACCUGAUGUCAAAACAGGCACAACAGAACUUCCAGAGAUUUCACACGGCAGCACUGGAGCCCCCAGCAAACCACAGUCACCUUCUGAUGACUGAACACAGAGGAGGAACAGAGCACAUACUCGUUUGAAACGAUCUGCCCCCUUAAAUGCCUCCACUCAGACAGAGUGAAGUGAUGAGAAGCAGGCCUGCGAUGAUAAUGCUUGCAGCUGUCCACACAUAUGGGCCCCACACGGCUUAGAAAACACGAUGAUGAAACACUGUUGAUUAGUUUUCAGAGAAACUAAAAAGAAAAAUGUUUUUAGAAAAAUACAUCUUGAAACAACAGAUGAGCAAGUGACAAAUAUGGGUCAACGUGAGGCAGGUGUGAAGACAGGGAGGAAGAAGGCACACGCUUGACGUCAAAACACAGAAGGAUGGAAUAGAUAUAGGUAUCUAAUCAUGAGCACAUAUAUUUAUUUGGAACACACACUCAGACAUGUACACACAAUCCCCAGCUUAAACAAAUAUGAAACAGCAACAGGAACUGAUAUUUCCAUCACAGAAAUCGACAGCAGUAGUACCAGGGACAGUUCCAGUGCCUUUAUCUCCAUUAGAGGCACAAGGUGAACAGUAGCAUCCUCUCAAGAGGCAAAAAGAACCAUUGUUUGGAAAAAUGUAUCUGUGGCAACAGAAAUGUUAUAUGCACCGAUAAAAACGUUUUUUGGGGUUUUUGGUUUUUUUUGGCCACAAACAAUUUAACUUGUAAUGUAAGAAAGCAAAGAUCAGCAGUUCCUGUGCCACUGUCAACUAAAACAUCCCAUUGAAAAAUUUUAAUGGGAAGUGCUGUGAGAGAGUGACAACAUUAGUUGUCGAUAACGUGUAAAUGCAUAUACAUAAAUUGCCUUGAUCAUUCUGGUUUCCUUCAGUCCAUUAGUGAUAUUGUAAUAAAAACAUGUGAGUUUGUCACAUCCAUUUGAAUGAGUUCUGUUACCUCCACUUCAAGGUAGGAACCCCGACCUGGACUCCAGCAGGUGAACAUCUGCUUAUGGUUCACCAUGUGUUGAGUCUGUGUAAUUUCUCCUCCUGGGUCUCUUCUCUGUGCAGAGAGAGCAGACCAUGCACCAGACACUGGGCUCUGGAGCAAUCUGUACUCCACUGCUGCCACGAAAAGACCUGAGGGCACAGGAGCCUGUCAGAGGAACAGAGAGAAGCGUCAUCAGAUAGAGCUCAGGGCCAAUGAUCACAAACACCAGAGAGAGCGAGGGAAUCAAUAAGAAAAUAAGUAGUGGUCUUGAUAGAAAAAACACCAAUCUUGUCAAAAACUAUUGAAAUAAACAUUAUUUUAGAGUUAGAAUGUUGUGAAUCAUGACUAAAUAGAAGAGUAUUUUUUUAAAAACAAACCAAUCCUUUCCCAGAUUUGCAGGAUUAAAUCAUAGCUUUUAAUUUAAUCUGAGAAUUUUGACAUUUCUUUAGAAUCUAUUUUUUUCUAUUAGAAUGAAUUUUAUUAGUUUGUUUAUAAAUUAGCAGCACGUGAUUUUUGUUACAGAUAUUUAAAAUACUACCUUAAAUCUUUGAGACACAAAAAGUGUCCAGAAACUAUAAUAAUGACAUUAUAUCCACUGGUACUUUCAGAAAAUCAUCAAGUUUAAACCUAAAAUUUAGACUUUAAUGUGAUCUUAACCGUUAUGAGCUAUAGUCAAAAAUCCUGAAAAAGCAAGAAUUCAGACUUGUAUUAUAAUAGGGACUAAUAUUCAAGCCCCGGUGAUGUCAUCAUGGUCUAUGACCUUUUGACCUUUUCCUCUAAACCAACAAGACAAAUUACCCCCUUCGUCCAUGUUACAUUUGUGAGAUUUUACGGUUCUCGGUGGAACCUGGAAGGUCAUGAGCAGACCUCCCAGUCUCUUGACCGUCACACUUAGAAUUAGGACUCACUGAGAAACCCUUUUAACACAGCAUUACCCAAAAUGAAGUAUGCUGCAGCGCUGAGGGAGAGGAUGAUGAGGAAGAUGGUGCCGAGCCCCAGAUCUCCCAUGGAGCAGGCAUUUGGACAUGCACAGGGGCUUUCCACCCACAUCUGCAGGGGCACCUGGUCCGAGCUGAGCCUCAGGUCGCGGGUGAAUGAAAAGGACUGAUUUGGAUUACAGUGGAAAUGGACUACGGUCAAGGGCUGCUCCUCAUCCGCUGUGGUACAGGGAGGAGAAGGAUGAGUAGGAGGACAAAGAACAGAACAGGAGCAGUGGUUACUGUGUCUUAACCAUGUGCAGUGUUUUCUUACAGAAGUAAGAGACAGACAGAAGUUUCAGGGUGUGGUUGUAGUGGAACUGAUUGCCGUCGUGUCUUCCAUACGUGAUGCAGCGGCCGGUGUGUGUGCUGUCUGUGUUGUACCUGUUUACAAAACACAUGCCACACACUGACACUGAUGAUAUCAUCUAUGAUACUAUUGAUAAAUACAGUUAUGGUCAAUCAUUGUCAUGUAUUUGUCUUUUUUUGAGAGGUCAGUUUGAGAAGUUACCACUGAGGUGCUCUGAGCAUGUCACUGUCCCCACUCACUGCUCCCUG